AUGUCAUCGUCAACAUCAUCUUCAUCACUUUUGCUGUGUGUUUUAGUCAAAAGUGCAAGAAUUCAAUUGUCUGACAACGAAUGCUGUUCUUAUGUUGUACUGAAAAUCGAUAAUGUGAAAUCAACAACAAGUGUAGUUAAAGGUCUCACGCCGAGUUGGGAACAAGAAUUCUAUUUUGAUGUUCCCGAUCGUUCGGCUGGUCUGCAAAUUGAAUUAUGGGAACGCGGUCAAUUCUGGGAUAAACUUCUUGGUUUAUGUCAUAUACAUUUAGACCGCAAUGACGAACAUAUCAACACAGAUUUUGCCAAUGCUCAGGAUCGCUGGACCACACUUGACGCUGAAUUAAUUCUCAAUCGGCAAGGUCAAGUGACCCGAACAUGUCAUCCCACCGGACAUGCUUUGUUAAUUCGUACAUAUGUCGAAUUACCAUCGGAUUUGACCGAAGAAGAAUCAAAAGAAUUAUCAGAGAAAUUGGAAAUUCUACACGAAAUUCUCGACAAAGAAGGUCGUCAGCUUCAAGAUGUUACAUUCGAUGAACUUAAUUCUCUCUCAACUAUGCACACUGAUCAACCAUAUCCACUUCAUUAUCGACAAUUAAGUCACCGUUCCCAUUCACAUUUUUCGGAUGAUAGUGAUUAUACGUCCGAUGUUUCAUAUCCAAUAAAUAAUCCAGCAAAUGUCAAUUAUCCUGUUCCAUCCAUAUCUCAAUCCAAUGAAAAUUCCUCUCCGAAACCGAUUAACAAAAAACCGUCAGCUUUGGUUCAACCGCUCGUACGAGAAGCAUCUCGUCGACCCAAUCCCGAUCAAAUUGAUAAGAGGAAGUCCUUAACACAACAAGAUCCACUUUCCUAUGUCAGUCAACCGAGAAAAAUGAUCAGUCAACUGUCUCAUGAUCAACCAAAAAAUCAAAUUUAUUCAGGUAAAUGUCAUUUGCUAUUCAUACUGCGUGCAUGA